GCAAGAGUACUGGAGUGGGGCUAUUGCCCCUAAGUCAUACCAUUUAUCAUAUGGUUCUUUAACCAACCUUUGACUUGCCUCUCUUUCCACUGGACCCAAAAAAUCUUGAACUCAUUGAGGGUAGGGACCAUAUGUUAUUGUGACCUUAGCACCUGCCACUAGACCUUGCCCUUUGUAGAUACUCAAUGAAUGUAGUAUAUGUGACUGCUUAGAUAUUUGAAUAAAUAAAGUGAUCAGAGGAUACAGCAUCAGUGAGGAUUAGAGAAAAAGGGAUGUCUAUGAGACAGAUUUUUAAAGGAAGAUACAUACAGGAUUUCAUAGCCAAGUCGAUUGGGAAGAUGCAAUAGAACAAGUCCAAGAUGACCCUCAAGGUGUGGCUGGAGAGUGGUGGUGCUGGGUGUGACAGAGAGGUAGGAGGUGACCGGGUCUGGUGAGAAGCCGAUGUGUUCCAUUUAGAACUCUGCAUUGUUCUGAGUUUCCUGGGAGUGCUUGAACUCCUGCAAGGCAAGCUUAGUGCUUCCUGGGAACAUCUUUGAUGAGCAGCUAUCUUCCUAGUGGCAGGCUAAUUUCAGAGACAGAGGAAACUAAAAAGUGCCCACCAAACUGAGAAGGCAUCUUGAGACCAGAAAAUGAGACAGACAGUUCCAUGGAGUCAAUGAAUCAGUUUAAUACCUGGUGUGUAAAAGGAAGCUGGAGAGUAAGAAGGAAGCCCUGCUGAUCCUUUCCAAGGAGCUGGACACAUGCCAGCAGGAAAGGGACCAGUACAAACUCAUGGCCAACCAGCUUCGAGAGCGUCACCAGUCCCUGAAGAAGAAGUACCGCGAACUCAUCGAUGGAGAUCCAUCACUUCCCCCUGAAAAGAGGAAACAGGCUAAUCUUGCACAACUAUUGAGAGAUUCUCAGGACCGAAAUAAACAUCUGGGAGAAGAAAUUAAAGAACUUCAGCAAAGGCUCGGAGAAGUCCAGGGUGACAAUAAGCUGUUGAGGAUGACAAUUGCCAAACAGAGGCUGGGAGACGAAGAAAUUGGCGUGCGGCACUUUGCAGCCCAUGAGCGUGAAGAUUUGGUUCAGCAGCUGGAGAGAGCAAAGGAACAGAUUGAGUCUCUGGAGCAUGACCUACAGGCUUCUGUGGAUGAGCUUCAGGAUGUUAAAGAAGAGCGGUCUUCCUACCAGGACAAAGUCGAGAGGCUCAACCAGGAGCUGAACCACAUCCUGAGUGGCCAUGAGAACCGUAUCAUUGAUGUGGACGCCUUGUGUAUGGAGAACAGGUACCUUCAAGAGAGAUUAAAGCAACUUCACGAAGAGGUCAACCUCUUGAAAUCUAACAUUGCCAAAUACAAGAAUGCUCUUGAGAGACGGAAAAACUCAAAAGGCCAGAACAAAUCCAGCAGUGCUCUGACUGGAGUCCUGUCUGCAAAGCAAGUUCAGGAUCUGUUAUCUGAGGAUCACGGGUGCAGUCUCCCAGCUACUCCACAGUCCAUUUCUGAUCUGAAAUCUUUGGCAACAGCCCUGUUGGAGACGAUCCAUGAGAAAAACAUGGUCAUCCAGCACCAGAGGCAGACCAACAAAAUCCUAGGGAAUCGGGUGGCUGAACUGGAGAAAAAAUUAAGAACUCUGGAAGUUUCUGGUUUGUGGAGUCUCCCAGGCCUGAGCUACAAUGUUUCCAUAGGAUUUGGGAGGGGCAAAGACACCAUACUGUUCAGUGACCCGGCUCUUCCCACCAUGCAGAGGUCAAGAUCCCCACUGCUCAAGUUUGUGGAGCAGCCCACUGAAAACAAAGCAAGUCCCAAGGAUGGGGAGGCUCAGAAGCAAGAUGAAAGUUGUGCUGCUCCCGAGGCGUUGGCAGUGCGGGAAGAUGCCAGGAGGCUUGCUGUCAGCUCCCCAGCAAGUCAGAGCCACAGGAACCAAACCAAGCCCUUUCAUCCCUCAUUACUCCAACUACCUUCUGAGGAAGAAGAGGUAAACAGGCUUGGGAGGGAGACCGUGAAACUGAUAGAGGAGCAGGCAGCUGCAGACCCAGGAGUCAGGAGAGAGAGUCCCGUGGAGGGCCAGAAGGAGGAGAUGGGGCCAUCCCCCCGAGGCCUGACCGCCGACAGGCCCUGCCCCAAACCUUGCCGGGACUCCUCUGAGUCCAGCCAGCCAGAAGCCAAAGUUUCCACCCUGGAAGAUGACAAGGACACUGCAGAGGGUGGAGGAGGCACAAGGAACACUGUGAAAACAUGAAGCGGAAAGAGAGCGGGCACGAUGCCAUGUCGAAGGUACUCCAGACGUAAAGAAUUACACAUCAGAACAGCUCAGCGAAGAAGUCACUUUCUCCUAAAACACCUCCAAGUCUGCAAGUGAGAAGGGACACGGAUCCGGUUGCAAACUGUGAAUAUUCUGAUGAUGCCAGCAGAGUUUGAUUUAUUAAACACGGGUCCUCAAGCUUUUCAGCGUCUCUUUCUGUGGAAGCCGCACUGCUGUAAAUGUGGCCAGGCACGGGCUCAUGUCAGCCACAUGGCUGGUUUUCAGCAUCGGUCUUUUCUGUCAGCAUUAGUUUUAUUUAGAGAUAAGAUGUUUUUCUAUUAUCAAUUAAAGUUGUUGGUCAAAAUUAUGGAAAGGGUUUGAAACGGGUGGGGUUUUUAAUCAGGUGCCCGUCUUUGUCAUGAUUCAGUGGCUGUAGAGUAAGGUGUGGUUGAGCAUAGUGGGUCCAGAGGGCGCACGGCUCCUCUCUUCACAUCAGGGCCUGGUGGGACCUCCCAGCGUGGAUGUUCUUGGCAUCCUGCCUGCAGCACUGUCUGUCCUGGCACAAAUGGCAAGUGGAAAGGGGCUUAAGUGGGCUCAGAAGGCUAGGCUUCUGGUUUGAAAUCCAUAACGCCUGUUGAGACCUGUCUGCUGACUACUAGAGCUGAGUUUUCCAGCCUGGAAUUCUAGAGGAUUAAUUGACCUGGAGUGAUGGCGGGUUGUGGACAAGCAGAGAGGAAGGGGACUCCGAUGGUGUUUUGAUUUUUUGUUUCUGAGAUGAUAUGGGAGCCAAAACCUGGGAGUGCUGGUUCUCUGCCUUCAACCCAGGCUGCAUUUAGGGCUUUAUGGUCCUGUGGGUUGUGGCAAGUGUAGCUGCUUCUGGGCUAAUCCAGGUUUCCCCACCGCCUGGAAUCUCUAGCCAUUGCUCCUGCAGCAGAAUGCUGCGGCCACCCGCUCUGUGGCACCAGGCACUGAGGUUUUAGGGGCAAGGCAGAGCUUGUGGCCCUAGAGUGGAAAGAGAGGGAAAAACAAAGUCACUUUAUUACAGCCUGGGGAGGCAGAGUGUGGAACCAAAUUCAAGCUCUAAACGCAGGAAAGUAGAGAGUGGUCACCCCCACCUGUGGCUUCCCUUGGGAAUAAAAUUAGCUUUUCGAGGCAGCAUCUGGUGCUGUAGGGUGUUCAGGGUUCAUGAAAUGAGACCUUUCCUUUUGCCAAAUGCAGUUUAUUUCCCAGGAAUACCUAAAACCAGAUCCCAAAGCUCAAAAUGUCCCUGAGAACUGGAAUCACUCCUUUGAGAGAGACUCCUGAAGAGAAAAGAGAAGUUCCCAAGGUAGGAAAGGUAGAAAAUUCAUCAAUUCAUCCUAGAAAUCAGAUAUAUUUAGACCAGGCUUGCGAUCCCAGGUGUGAAUCCUACAUGUACAUGGGUGGCCAGCAGCUCCUCCCCCAACACCUCCCUUCCACAUUUUACCUCCUGGCAUCACUUGGCCAGCAGGGUAGGUUCCAUCACACUUGGCACUGUCUCAAUCUGAAGGAGGGCAGGGUGCAGACUAGAGGGUCCUGUUUUUUUACCAGAUGCACCUGGAAAGACCUCCAGCUGCCUCCCCCCACUCACCUGAGGUCACCCCCACUAGCAGGAUGCGGCAUGCCUGAGUCAGCGCACCGUGGCUCCUGGUGAGCUGGACACAUCUACCCCUGCCCUACGGGGCCCAAGGCCCCAGUCAUUCAUCCUUCUGUGCUCCAGCCCCUCCCCCUACCCACACCUAUUCUCCCCGCCUUCCACUCCAGGGAGCCCACUUAUGCAGCUGCAAAGCUUCCUGCUCAGGCCGGCAGCCACAGCAAUUGUUUUCCUGCUGCACCAGGCCUAAACUCCCUGCAAAUGUUGAGCUCUACUGUGUAGGACGCCAGAGCCACCACAGGAAAACAUGGCCAGAUUUAAUACAGGGAUAAUAAAAAGAAAAAUCUCUUCCCUACUAUAGCCUUGGUUUUGACACACAGUUGGCCAGGUGCAUGUCUUUAGGGCCUCCAUCACCUGCUGAAAAGCAGGGUUUAUAAUAAGCUCCAGCACAUUCCAUCAUGGAUAGGAAAACUGCUGUGAGUCCCAGAGAGUGAGGUUCAGGGCAGAGGGUCAUAGGAAAUGCUCACCUAAAUUCUGUAUGUCCAAUCAGCUUGGGGUUGGGGGUCUUGUGUUAUUAGAUGAAAUUGUAGCCAAUGAGUUGAUCCUGUCGUAUUUGUAAUCUGAACAUUGCCCUGUACACAUGUGACACUGUCCCUCCUUUGCUAUUCUAAUCCAACGUGAUUCCAAGGACAUUAAAGAAUUUCAGCAAUUACUUAA